CCUCGAUUCUAACUCGAGCGCAGUCACAAUCAGUCUUUUGUAAAAUUUCAAAACAAAAUAUUGUAAUUUGCGGGAAUAACAAAAAUGAUUUUUUCGUUACUUGUUACAUUGUGUCUAAUUCUAAUAAUUGUAGGACUAGCUUAUCUUUUUCUAGUAUGGAAUUUUGACUAUUGGAAAAAACGAGGCAUUAAAGGACCAAAACCAUCUCCAUUAUAUGGAAGCAUUCCAAGUAUGGUUAAUCAGAAACGUAAUCUUGGCUAUGACAUAAAGGACAUUUAUAACCAAUAUCAUAAAGAUGAAGAUUUUGUUGGAGUUUAUAGCAUCCGAACUCCUGAACUAUUAAUUUUGAAUCCAGAAUUUGUUCAUAAGGUAUUCGUUACUGAAUUCAAAAACUUUCACGAUAAUGAAGGUUCAACUUGGAUGGAUGAGAAAAGUGAUAAAAUACUGGCUAACAAUCCAUUUAUCCUGACUGGUGAACAAUGGAAAGAACGUCGUCAAGAAGUCACGCCUGGAAUAACAAUUAAUAGGAUCAAAGCAGUGUAUCCAGUUACAAAAGAAGUAUGUGGAAAGUUGACUAAAUAUAUCAAGAAUCUUUGCUCCAAAGCUGAUCCCAAAGGAUACGAUGCAAAAGACAUUUCACUACGUUUUACAUCCGAAUUGGUUACUGAUGCUGUUUUAGGUGUUAAAGCUGAAAGCUUAUCAGAUAAUCCUACACCAAUUUUAGGAAUGACAAAAAAACUCUUCGAAUUGAGUACAGCUUUUGCAUUUUAUUCUUUCUUAGCUGGUCUAUGGCCAACAAUUAAGAAAUUUUACAAAGUUAAAUUUUUCCAAAAAGAUUGUGAAGACUUUUUCUUGGGUCUGCUGGAAAAAUCUCUUGAUUUGAGGCGUGUUCAAAAAACAGAUCGUUUGGAUUUUAUGAAUUAUAUGCUUCAAGUGCAAGAGAAGAAAAGAUUUAAUAAUGAGCAACUUUUAUCGCAUAUGAUGACAUUUUUAAUUGAUGGUUUUGAGACAUCGGCUACGGCAAUAACGGCGUGUCUUUAUCAGUUGGCUAAGAACCCUGAUGAACAGGAAAAACUACGAAGUGAGAUUCUCAAUAAUCUCGACAAAAAUGGAGAACUUGAGUUUGAAUAUCUUGAAGAGCCAUCUUACAUUGAGCAAUGUUUACAUGAAAGUAUUCGAAUAAUACCACCAGCAGUUAUUCACAAGAAACUUUGUACUGAACCAUGCGAGUGGACCAACAGAAAUGGAGUUAAACUUCAACUUAAUCGUGAUGAUAUAGUUGUAUUACCGGCAUUUGCUCUUUAUCAUGAUCCGCAUUACUUUCCCAAUCCAGAAAAAUUCAUACCCGAUCGUUUUAGUGAAGAAAAUGGCGGAGUAAAGAAAUAUCGUGAAAUGGGUGUAUUCUUUCCAUUUGGUGAUGGACCUAGAGUAUGUAUUGGAAUGAAAUUUGCUCUAAUACAAACCAAGGCAGCUAUUGCAGAGAUUGUGAGAAAUUUUAAUAUUAAACUUAAUCCAAGGACAAACAAAGAUAAUACAUUGGAUCCAGUUCAUUUUAUGGGUGAACUUGAUGGUGGAGUUUGGCUUGAUUUUGAAGAAAGGAACUAGAUUUGCUGUGUGAUCUAAAAAUAAACGAAAUAAGGAAUCUCAAGAAUUAAUGUGCAACAAAAAAGUAUUAAAUAAAUUUUGUC